AUGCCUACCGCUCCUGAUAACGCCGUUCGUUUCGAAUCUCUGGAGGAAAAGACGUCUAUCGACAAAGUCCCCCCGGCGGAGCCAGUUGUCGAGACCAGCGAUGGACAGGAGGGCGAGAGGGACGACUCUUCGCCAGUCAAUCUUGUCGAGAAACGCGAAGAUGGCACGGACUACCCCUCGGGUCUCAAGCUGACAUUGAUUGUGCUCGCUCUGUGUUUGGCUGUAUUUCUAAUGGCGCUUGACAAUUCUAUCAUUACAACGGCCAUUCCAAAAAUUACGGACCAGUUUGAUAGCCUGAAUGAUGUUGGCUGGUACGGUAGUGCCUACAUGUUGACAACGGCGUCACUACAGCUGUUGUUUGGCAAGUUCUAUUCCUACUUCAGCAUCAAAUGGGUUUUUCUUCUGUCAAUCGCCCUCUUCGAGUUGGGCAGUCUGAUAUGCGGCGUGGCCCGGAAUAGUGUAACGCUCAUCAUCGGACGCGCGGUGGCUGGCAUGGGCUCAGCAGCCAUCUUCUCAGGUGCACUAAUCAUUUUGGCCCACUCAGUAUCCCUGGAGCGUCGCCCUAUGUUCAGUGGCUUCAUCGGCAGUAUGUACGGCAUUGCGUCCGUGGCAGGGCCGCUGCUGGGUGGCGCCUUCACUGAAAGGCUUACCUGGCGUUGGUGCUUCUACAUCAAUCUUCCUAUCGGCGCCGUCACGUUAGUAGUGAUUGCCAUCUUUUUCCCUGAUCCCGUUCGUAAGAUCGAGAGUGAGCCCUGGUCUAAACGCGUGAGGCGCUUCGACCCCGUUGGUACUCUGGUCUUCAUGCCCGCUAUCAUAUGCCUGCUCCUAGCAUUGCAAUGGGGCGGUAGUACCAUCUACUACCUUCCGAUAUGGUUCCAGGCUGUCAAAGGUGCCAGUCCUGUCAGGUCGGGUAUCAUGAACCUGCCUCUGUUGAUUAGCAACGUGGUUGCCGCUAUAAUCUCUGGCGUUGCGGUCACCAUGAUCGGCUACUACACCCCGUUCAUGCUGCUGUCCUCCACCCUUACAGCUAUCAGUUACGGCCUGAUGACCCUGUUCAAGCCAGAUACCCCCCAGCCAACUUGGAUUGGCUACCAAAUCCUGACCGGAUUUGGCAUUGGCUUCGGCGUCCAGCAGCCUCUAAUCGCUGUACAGGUGGUGCUUGAUACUGUCGAUAUACCUACUGGCACUGCGCUUAUGGUUUUUAUGCAAGUUAUCGGCGGCUCGAUUUUUGUCUCGGUUGAUGAAAACGUCUUCGAUAACAAGAUCGUAGGGAACCUCGUCAAGGAUGCUCCUAGCGUGAACCCCGAAGUUGUCCUCAAUGCCGGUGCCACUGGGCUCAGGAAAGUUAUUGAUUCAGCGGACCUGCCAGGUGUGCUAAUGGCAUACAGUGAUGCCAUCACGCAAACAUUUGUUGUCGGUGCUGCCAUAGCUGCUGUAAGCAUCAUUGGUGCACUCAUUGUUGAGUGGAAAACUGUCAAGGGAAAGAACAUUGGGAUGUAA